AUGGGUGGAAGGAAACCUCCUUUAAAGUCUGGCGAUGAGCUUCCUCUAAAGAAGAGAGCUAUUUCGACUCAAGGACAAGAACCUACUCUACUCGAUCUAGAUCAGUUAGUUCUAGGCGUGCCACUACUCGGAUAUUCGACUCAACAAAAUAGCUAUAGCAUGCCUUCUCUAGUUAACGAGGAGGCUGAGGCUUCUGGCAGAUUACUGCUGGUAUCAAACAGGUUGCCCAUCACGAUCAAACGAGCGGAAGAUGGUCAAUAUAGUUUUUCUCAAUCCUCUGGUGGAUUGGUUACGGGGUUAAGUGGGUUAUCUAAGACAACUACCUUUCAGUGGUAUGGCUGGCCAGGUUUGGAAGUGCCAGAUGCUGAGGCUAAACCUUUGGUUAAGAGACUGAAGGAUGAAUAUGGUGCUCACCCAGUUUUCGUCGAUGAUGAACUGGCUGAUAAGCAUUACAACGGUUUCUCCAAUUCUAUCCUUUGGCCUUUAUUCCAUUACCAUCCAGGAGAGAUUACAUUCGACGAGUCACAAUGGGUUGCAUAUAAGGAGGUGAACAGGCUAUUCGCGCAAACGAUUGCCAAGGAUGUACAAGAUGGCGAUUUGAUAUGGGUCCACGAUUAUCAUCUUAUGCUCCUCCCAGAAAUGCUGCGCGACGAAAUCGGCACGAGCAAGAAGAAUGUCAAGAUUGGCUUCUUCCUUCACACACCUUUCCCUUCCAGUGAGAUUUACAGAAUUUUACCUGUUAGAGAAUCUUUGUUGUUAGGCGUUCUUCAUUGCGAUUUGAUCGGCUUCCAUACAUAUGAUUAUGCUAGACAUUUCCUUAGCAGUUGCUCUAGAAUUUUGGAAGCACCAACGACGCCUAAUGGUGUUGAGUUCCGUGGUAAAUAUGUCACAGUAGCGGCUUUCCCUAUCGGUAUCGAUCCCGAUAAAUUCAUCGAAGCUCUUCAAAAGAAGUCGGUCACAGAGCGUAUCGCUCAACUAGAACGCAAAUUUGAAGGUGUCAAACUCAUCGUCGGAGUUGAUAGACUAGAUUACAUCAAGGGGGUCCCCCAAAAGUUGCACGCCCUUGAAGUUUUCCUCACGGAGCAUCCCGAAUGGAUCGGUAAAGUAGUACUCGUCCAAGUUGCCGUUCCCUCUCGUCAAGACGUUGAAGAAUACCAAAACCUACGAGCCGUCGUCAACGAACUUGUUGGCCGCAUCAACGGGCGCUUCGGCACCAUCGAAUUCAUGCCCAUUCAUUUCCUCCAUCAAUCCGUUUCCUUCGAAGAACUCACUGCUCUCUACGCCGUCUCCGACGCCUGUCUCGUAUCCAGUACUCGAGAUGGCAUGAACCUCGUCUCCUACGAAUAUAUUGCCACGCAGCGUAAACGUCACGGUGUCAUGAUUCUUUCCGAAUUCACCGGUGCGGCACAAUCCCUCAACGGUGCUCUCAUCGUCAAUCCAUGGAACACGGAAGAACUCGCAGAUGCAAUUCAUGAUGCGGUAACGAUGUCUCCCGAACAGAAAGAAAUCAAUUUCAAGAAAUUGGAAAAAUACGUCUUUAAAUAUACAAGCGCAUGGUGGGGCGAGAGUUUCGUAAGUGAAUUGAUGAAAAUCAGUGAACAUGCAGCCAAGAAAGCAAGUAGUAAAGAGGGUGGGAAGGGGAUCACUCCAAAAAGACAAGAAUUAGUAGAGGGGGUUAAACAAUUUAAUACAGGGGAGACGAGGGAGGAAGGCACGUUGGAACCGGCAUUGUAUUGUGUGUAUGGAUGGAUAUGUGUGGAUAUGGAUAUGGAUGUGGAUAUGGAUGGCGUUUACAGUAUUUUUAUUUUUGCGCAUGAUGAUGAUGGUGAGGAUGAUGAUGUUGAUGAUGUUGAUGAUGAUGAUGAUGAUGAUGGUGAGGAUGAUGAUAAUGAUGGUGAGGAUGGUGAUGUGAAUUAUAUUGAUUGA